AUGCGGAUUAGCGGUGUGACACUCUUCCGCGUCUCGUCCCAAUUAAGAAAUGUGGUGAAUGGUCAGUGGACAACAACACAUUACACUGUAAAGGAUCGCGCAACGGAUCCUCGAUGGAAAGACAUUGACAUGACUCGCGUUAGCGACGAGUACGACGUUGUGAUUGUUGGUGGUGGACCAUCCGGACUUUCUGCUGCUAUCAAAUUGCGACAACUUGCCGAAAAGGCGCAGAAAGAACUCCGGGUUUGCGUAAUUGAGAAGGCGCCAGAAAUUGGAGCUCACACCUUGUCCGGGGCUGUCAUUGAGACUCGUGCUCUUGAUGAGCUGUUCCCGGAAUGGAAAGAAAUGGGUGCACCUGUUCAUCAGAAAGUCACCUCCGAAUCGAUUGCGAUCCUAACGGAAUCUGGCCGGAUUCCAGUUCCAAUUGUGCCCGGAGUCCCACUCGCCAAUCACGGAAACUACAUUGUGCGGUUGGGAAAAGUUGUCCAAUGGCUCGGCGAGCAAGCUGAAGCUGCUGGUGUCGAGAUAUGGCCAGGAGUCGCAGCCGCAGAGAUCUUGUAUAAUGAAGAUGGAAGUGUCAAGGGAAUUGCAACCAACGACGUCGGAAUUGCAAAGGACGGAAGUCCGAAGGAAGGAUUCGAGCGCGGAAUGGAGCUUCAUGCGAAAUGCACUGUUUUUGCCGAAGGUUGUCGCGGGCAUUUGAGUAAGCAGAUAAUGGACAAGUUCGACCUUCGCACUCAUCCAAUGACGUAUGGCAUUGGACUCAAAGAGCUCUGGGAGAUUGAUCCAGCCAAACAUCGUCCCGGAUAUAUUGAGCAUACGAUGGGAUGGCCUUUGGAGAAGCACCAAUAUGGUGGAUCGUUCCUUUACCAUAUCGAAGAUGAAGGACUUCCGCUUGUCUCAGUUGGAUUCGUCGUCGCAUUGGACUAUGCGAACCCUCACACCAAUCCAUAUAAGGAGUUCCAGAAAUAUAAGACUCAUCCGUCGAUUGCCCAACAAUUGGAAGGCGGUAAACGGAUUGGAUAUGGAGCUCGUGCUUUGAAUGAAGGAGGAAUUCAAAGUGUUCCAAAAUUGCAUUUCCCUGGUGGAUGCAUUGUUGGUUGCUCUGCGGGCUUAUUGAACGUCGCUAAACUCAAGGGAACUCAUAAUGCGAUGAAGAGUGGAAUGGUUGCAGCGGAAGCAAUUUUCGAUGAAAUUUCCAGCAAAGAAGAUGUCAAAUCCGUCGAUCCAGCUGCUUACGAUGAGAAACUCAAAGACACUUAUGUCAUCAAGGAGCUUAAAUCGAUGCGCAAUAUCCGGCCAUCAUUCAACACGUCGUUGGGAUUCUGGGGUGGAUUGAUGUAUUCUGGAUUGUUUUAUGUUCUUGGAAGAGGAUUGGAGCCAUGGACAUUGUCGCAUGGGAAGAAGGACAAUGAGAAAUUGGAGCCAAUAAAGGAUGCCAAGCCAAUUGAAUAUCCCAAACCAGACGGAAAAUUGACAUUUGAUCUAUUGACGUCGGUUUCUCUUACUGGUACAAAUCACACUGAAGAUCAGCCAGCACAUCUUACUUUAAAGGAUGAUAAGAUACCAAUUGAAGUCAACCUUGAGAAAUAUGGAGGUCCUGAAGCGAAAUUCUGCCCGGCUGGAGUCUACGAGUUUGUUCCAUCGGAAGCUGACGAAUCGAAAUUGAGACUUCAAAUCAACGCGCAGAACUGCAUUCAUUGCAAGACUUGCGAUAUCAAGGAUCCUCUCCAGAAUAUCAAUUGGGUUGUUCCUGAAGGUGGCGGUGGUCCGAAAUACCAAGGAAUGUAA